AUGUCCUCGCAGCAGCACGCCCCGCCGGUCCCCUUUGCCGACUUUGAGUUCGCGUUCGACCCCGCCCUCCACUCCCUCUUCCCCUCGCCCCCGCCGCUCCCCUCGUCCGCGGGCCUCUUCUCCGCCUCAGAGACGACCGACAUCCUCGGCUUCCUCGACAACUUCAACUGGGAGUUCGAUCCCACCCUGCCCCCCUCCGCCUCGGACCCCCCGCCCCUCCCCCACCACGACCCCCUCGCCCCGGCCUUCCCCGCCCUCCCCAACCCGCCGCUCACCGCGGCUCCCGAGUCAUCUGCUGCCCCCACACACAACGCCGACCACCAUGUCCACAGCCGCGGCAACCACCCCCAUCUCCAGUCCCAUCAGCAGCAGCACCAUCAGCAGCACACACAGCACCGGCACCACCCACAGCGGCAGCAGCCGCACCCCCACGCCCACCAUCCACAGCUGCAAAUAAACACCCACAACACCCGCACCUCCCGUACCACGCCCGACAUGCCCCCCACCUCCGCGCCCGCCGCUGCCGCCGCUGCCGCCGCCGCCGCCGCCACCCCCACGUCCCCCACCUCGGGCUCCACGACCCCCGGCGGCGGCCCGCGCGCCAAGCCGCUCCUCUCGACGCCGCAAAAGCGGCUGAACCACAUCCUCUCCGAGCAGAAGCGGCGCAACGCGAUCCGCGAGGGCUACGCGCAGCUCACCACGCUGCUCGCCCCCGCCGGCGCGCCCCCCGGCACGGGCAUGCCCACGCGCGGGCGCCCCAAGGGCAGCGGCUCGCGCGGGAACAAGGGCCGCACCAAGGGCAAGAGCGGCGUCCUCUUCCGCGCGGUCGAGUACUGCCACUGGCUCGAGGAGGGCAUCGAGGCGCUCACGGCGGAGGUCCUGCGCGUCGAGGCGGCGGCGGCGAUUUCGAGGGGCUGACCGACGGACGGUGAGGCCCAUUCGCGUUUUUAAUUAUCUGCUUUUUAUUACGCAUGUGAUACUGAGCUGGGACGCGCCUCUGCGCUAGAAGUGGUGGAUACCCCGCGCAGACCGAUCAACGCCUGCCGGCUGUAUGACGCUGCGACGACCCGAUGACGAAAAGAACGGGAACGAGGCUGUAUUCUGUAACUUGUACGAUAGUCUGCCCGCUGCUAAUACUGUAAUGACCGCGAUGAUCCCUCCGUCGCCUGAUU